UACAGUUUCCCUUCGUGCGGAUUGUAGAAGAAAGUCGCGUCGACGGUUCCCCGCGUUCUUCUUCCUUCUCGAGUGCCGAGAAUGGAGAGCCUCGGUUAAAAGAGAAUAUAUUCCCAUCGGUUAGCGACCGAUCGACGUAGGACCUCCCGGUUAUCGGAGGACCGUGGCGAGUAGGAAGUGUCGCGUACAAUACACGAACGGCGGUGGAGUAACGUUCGUGCAUCGAGGGAAUCGUUCGUUUCGCUAGAUCAGCCGAACCGUAGGGUACGGGGGGGAAGAAAAAGAGAAAAGUGGAAGUGGAAAAAGGAUAGGUAGACCUCGAGCGGACCGAUGGGGAGGUAGAGAUCGCUGGGGAACGAAGUACGGUGAAAAUAUAGAGACGUUCGUAAGAGGAUAGAGGGAUCGCGGAGGGUUGUGAAACUGGAUGAUAACCGUAGAGUGUGAGAGAAGAGAGGCACGCAGCGAGAAGGCGAGAAGAAGGAGUGGUGGGAAUCGUGGCGGUGGUAGCGAUGCUCGGUCUCUGGCGGAUGUGUGCGUGCGUGUCGCGCGGUCGUUGGUAGUGGUGUGCUCUUCUCUGCUAGUGGUCUCCACGGUGGUGCUGCUGCUGGUGUGGUGAUGAUGCUACCGAUGAUACUGGUGGUAGCAGUAGUGCGCUGAGGGAAAGAAACGAACUGGAAGACAAGCGCGGGUCUUUUCGUGGAGAGAGGGACAGAGAUCGGUCGAAGGAGAACACGGUGGUAAAUCGAGUUCAGAGGGAAGUAAAAGGGUAGAAGGGUAGCGCGUGGACGGGCAAGGGUGCCGAAAGUGCGUUGUACGUGGUGUAUCGUCGCGGGGAGGCGAAAGAGAGAAGGAGUAGACGGAGAAAGUGGUGGAGAAAGAGGAGAAGAAAGCGUCGAGGCAGCAGGACGUGGACCAGAGGGUGAAGAGAAUACAAGAGGAGGACAUCCUGGCAGUGAGGGAUCACGGCCGAGAGCGCGUCAACGCGGAUAUGACGAGCGGAUACGCCCGACUCACGUGAUACGCAACACAAUCGCUCUACCGAUACCGUGCUCUUCCAAGAUAUGUGGUCACGGAGGGAGGUUCGAAAGAGCCCAGUGCCGUAGCAUGCCGGCGAGCUGCAGCGGGUGGUGGGGCGUCUCUGAGAGAGCGCGUCGAUCGGCGUCGUCGGACGUCUGUACGGGCGUCUGCACAGGCGUCUGGUUGGAAGCCGAGCAGGGUCCGGAGGAGCGUGCCUGCGCGUGUAUAACAGGAAGAGGAGGAGGCGGAGGCGGCGGCAGAGGAGGAGGUAACCGAAAGCGUAGAAGAAGGGGGAGGAGAAGAAGAAGAGAGCAUCGAGGCGGAAGCACGGAGCUGAUCGAGGCGCGGAGGAGCGUCCGAUGAGCGCGGGGGGGGAUGGGGGCUCGGGGUUGGGCCCCCCUGAGCUGCUGGGGGCCCAGCCGACUGCCGCGACCCCCCCCAUCCUCGGGCAGCACCGGAACCCCCAAUCUGCCCAGGACGGACAGCCAGCAACCGCGCAGUCGCAGACGGGCCAAACUCUCGGGACCAGCACUGGCGCAGCCAAGUCCGCCACCAAGCGGCCGGCUCGCAGGGGUGGCAAACCCCCGCCCGACAGGCCCGUUAGGGCCCUCUUUUGUCUACCCCUCAAAAAUCCCGUGCGUAAGAUGUGCAUCGAUGUCGUUGAAUGGAAACCUUUUGAGUGGCUUAUUCUCAUGACGAUAUUCGCGAACUGCGUCGCCCUGGCAGUCUACACACCGUACCCGUACGGCGAUUCUAAUCUGACCAACCAGUAUUUGGAAAAAAUAGAGUAUAUAUUUCUUGUGAUUUUUACGGUCGAGUGCGUAAUGAAGAUCAUCGCUUACGGCUUCGUGGCCCAUCCCGGGGCUUAUCUUCGGAACGGAUGGAACAUACUAGAUUUCACGAUAGUAGUUAUAGGCAUGGUGAGCACAGUGUUGGCGAUACUCAUGAAAGAAGGCUUCGAUGUGAAAGCGUUAAGGGCUUUUCGAGUGCUGCGACCUCUCAGGCUGGUCUCCGGAGUACCAAGUCUACAAGUGGUCCUAAACUCUAUUUUGAGAGCGAUGAUACCCCUGCUACAUAUCGCUCUGUUGGUUCUGUUCGUCAUCAUUAUUUACGCUAUCAUCGGCCUCGAGCUGUUCUCCGGGAAAAUGCAUAAAACGUGCAGGCACAAUGUCACCGGUAAGAACGGCGCCACGAAUAUCUUCCCAUGCGGGCCCGGAGGCUACCCGUGCAUCAACGUGGGGCCCGAGUACUAUUGCAGCAAACAGUUCUGGGAGGGUCCGAAUUGGGGCAUCACGAACUUCGACAACUUUGGCCUGGCCAUGUUGACGGUGUUUCAGUGCGUGACGCUCGAGGGCUGGACGGACGUCCUCUACAGCAUCGAAGACGCGAUGGGGAGCUCGUGGCAAUGGAUUUAUUUUAUCUCUAUGGUGAUACUCGGGGCUUUCUUCGUGAUGAAUCUGAUUCUCGGUGUGUUGUCCGGGGAGUUCUCAAAGGAGAGAGAGAAGGCGAAGGCGCGGGGUGACUUCCACAAGCUCAGGGAGAAACAGCAGAUCGAGGACGAUCUCAGAGGCUACCUGGACUGGAUCACGCAGGCCGAGGACAUCGAGCCAGAAACCGACGAGCCCAAGAUGCAGGAUGGGAAAUCGAAGCAACAGAACGAGAUGGAAAGCACGGAUCAAUUGGAGGGCGAUGAGGAAGGGGUGCAACAGGAGUCCGUGUGGAGGCGGAAGAAGCGGGAUUUCGAUAGGGUGAACAGGAGAAUGAGGAGGGCCUGUAGAAAAGCCGUCAAGUCGCAGGUUUUCUAUUGGCUGAUCAUAGUACUGGUUUUCCUCAACACCGGCGUUCUGGCGACAGAGCAUUACAAUCAGCCGCAUUGGUUGGACGAGUUUCAAGAGAUCACAAAUAUGUUUUUCAUCGCGUUGUUCUCCAUGGAGAUGAUGCUGAAGAUGUACAGUUUAGGAUUUCAAGGUUACUUUGUCUCGUUGUUCAAUCGCUUCGACUGUUUCGUCGUGAUCGGCUCGAUCACCGAGAUGAUACUCACCAACACGCACGUGAUGCCACCGCUUGGCGUUUCCGUGCUGCGUUGCGUCCGUUUGCUGAGGGUGUUCAAAGUCACCAAAUACUGGAGGUCGCUGUCGAAUUUGGUGGCCUCUCUGUUGAACUCGAUACAAUCGAUCGCGUCUCUGUUGCUUCUGCUCUUCCUGUUUAUCGUGAUCUUUGCCCUUUUAGGCAUGCAGGUGUUCGGUGGUAAAUUCAAUUUCACCGAAAUGCAGGACAAGCCGCGUCACAAUUUCGACAGCUUCUGGCAGAGCCUGUUGACCGUCUUUCAGAUAUUGACAGGCGAGGAUUGGAACGCGGUGAUGUACGACGGAAUUAGAGCCUAUGGCGGCGUCGCGAGCUUCGGCAUGCUCGCCUGUUUCUACUUCAUCAUUCUCUUCAUAUGCGGUAACUAUAUUCUAUUGAACGUCUUCUUGGCUAUCGCGGUCGACAAUCUCGCGGACGCCGAGUCGUUGACUGCGAUCGAAAAGGAAGCCGAGGAGGAGGCCGAGAAGAACAAGUCUCACAGCGCCUCGCCAGCCAGGGACGAAGUCAGCGGGGAACAGGGCGAUGGCGGCGAAGGAACCGGUGGAGAAGACGAGGGCGGUGGCACCGAUCUCGAACAGGAUCCCAACGAAACGAUGGAGGAUUACGAGGCGGCUUUGGACACGGAAACGUCCGAGAAGAGCGAAGACAUGAACACCCACGCGAAAGUGCGGCUGAACAUAGAGUCGGACGAGGAGGUCGAGGAAGAAGAGGAGGCCGAACAGAACGAGAUGCACGACGAUGGUACGGGACAAGGGGUGUCGGCCAGGCCACGGAGAAUGUCUGAAUUCAAUAUGGCGACCAAGACGCAACCGAUCCCACCUGGUUCGGCCUUUUUUAUUCUCUCGCAGACGAACAGGUUUCGUGUCUUUUGCCACUGGUUCUGCAAUCACGGCUACUUCGGCAACGUGAUUCUCGUGUGCAUCAUGAUAUCCUCGGCCAUGUUGGCGGCCGAAGAUCCUCUAAGCGCUUCGUCUUAUAGGAAUCAGAUAUUACAGAAUUUCGACUAUUUUUUCACCACAGUGUUUACGAUCGAGAUCUGGCUAAAGAUGAUCUCUUACGGUUUUAUCAUACACGACGGCGCGUUCUGCCGAUCGGCGUUCAAUCUGCUCGACCUGUUGGUCGUGUGCUCUUCUCUCAUUUCGAUGUCUUUCAGCUCCGGCGCGUUCUCCGUGGUGAAGGUCCUCCGCGUGUUGCGUGUCCUGCGGCCUUUGCGCGCCAUCAAUCGUGCCAAGGGAUUAAAGCACGUAGUACAGUGCGUCAUCGUAGCGGUAAAGACUAUCGGAAACAUAGUCCUCGUCACCAGCCUCCUGCAGUUCGUGUUCGCCGUCAUUGGCGUACAACUGUUCAAGGGGAAAUUUUUCAUGUGUUCCGAUGCAUCGAAAAUGACGAAAGACGAGUGCCAGGGCACGUACCUCGAAUUCGAUAACGGCAACAUCAAUAAGCCGGUGAUGAAGGAGAGAAACUGGUACCAGAACCGUUUCCACUUCGACGACGUCGCCAAAGCGAUGCUCACGCUCUUCACCGUCUCGACGUUCGAGGGCUGGCCGUCAUUGCUAGACGUGUCGAUCGACUCUAACAAGGAGGAUCAUGGACCAAUUCAUAAUUUUCGGCCGAUAGUGGCCGCGUACUACAUCAUUUACAUCAUUAUCAUAGCAUUCUUCAUGGUGAACAUCUUCGUUGGUUUCGUUAUUGUCACUUUCCAGAACGAGGGUGAGCAAGAGUACAAAAACUGCGAGCUCGAUAAGAAUCAGCGAAACUGCAUCGAGUUCGCGUUAAAGGCGAAGCCAGUGCGGCGAUACAUACCAAAGCAUCGAAUACAGUACAAAGUCUGGUGGUUCGUCACCUCUCAGCCGUUCGAGUACACCAUUUUCACUCUGAUCAUGAUCAACACCGUCACCCUGGCGAUGAAGUUCUACCGGCAACCGGAGAUCUACACGGAGGCGUUGGACGUCCUCAACAUGAUCUUCACGGCGGUCUUUGCCCUGGAGUUCAUCUUCAAGCUAGCGGCCUUUCGGUUCAAGAAUUACUUCGGCGACGCGUGGAACGUUUUCGACUUCAUCAUCGUUCUAGGAAGCUUCAUCGACAUCGUGUACUCGGAAGUCAAUGUAAGCUUCGCGCAAAGUAAGUUCGCGAACGAAGAGGAACGCGAUUGUAAUCGAGAAACGAAACUUUCAGCCGGCUCGACGAUCAUUUCCAUAAACUUCUUUCGGCUGUUCCGUGUGAUGCGGCUGGUGAAGCUGUUGAGCAGAGGGGAAGGCAUCAGGACGCUUCUCUGGACUUUCAUUAAAUCCUUCCAGGCUCUGCCAUACGUAGCUCUACUUAUUAUAAUGCUAUUUUUUAUUUACGCCGUGAUAGGUAUGCAGGUGUUUGGAAAAAUUGCGAUCAACGACGAGACGUCGAUAGACAGGAACAAUAACUUCCAAUCGUUUCCGCAAGCGGUGUUGGUACUAUUCAGAUCGGCUACAGGCGAAGCUUGGCAAGAGAUCAUGAUGGACUGCUCGGCGCAACCCACCAAAGUGAAGUGCGAUCCGAACAGCGACGAAGCCAAUAACGCGAAUGGUUGUGGAUCCGACAUUGCAUUUCCCUACUUUAUAUCUUUCUACGUUUUAUGCUCUUUCCUCAUCAUCAAUCUCUUCGUCGCCGUAAUCAUGGACAAUUUCGAUUACUUGACGAGGGAUUGGUCGAUCCUGGGUCCCCACCAUUUGGACGAGUUUAUUCGCCUCUGGUCCGAGUACGAUCCCGACGCGAAAGGUCGCAUCAAGCAUCUGGACGUCGUGACGCUCCUCAGGAAGAUAUCGCCGCCCCUGGGUUUCGGUAAACUCUGUCCACAUCGAGUCGCGUGCAAAAGGCUGGUCUCGAUGAACAUGCCGUUGAAUAGCGACGGUACAGUCUUGUUCAACGCGACGUUGUUCGCCGUGGUGAGGACUUCCUUGCGUAUAAAGACCGAGGGAAACAUCGACGAUGCUAAUGCCGAGCUCCGUGCGGUGAUAAAGAAGAUCUGGAAGAGGACCAGCCCGAAGCUUCUGGAUCAAGUGGUGCCACCGCCUGGAGUCGACGACGAGGUAACCGUGGGCAAGUUCUACGCGACGUUCCUCAUCCAGGACUACUUCCGGAGGUUCAAGAAGCGCAAGGAGCAAGAGAUGAAGGACGGCGACAAGGAGUGCCACAACACCGUCACGCUUCAGGCCGGUUUGAGGACACUGCACGAGGCUGGCCCGGAGCUGAAGAGAGCCAUUUCCGGAAACUUGGAGGAGCUACUCGACGACAAUCCGGAACCUAUGCACAGGAGGAACCAUUCUCUGUUCGGCAGCGUCUGGUCCAGUAUGAGGAAGGGACACCACAGUUUCAACAGGGCGAGGUCGCUCAAAGUGAACUCUACGACCAAGGCUUCCCCGACGAAUUCCAUAGACUUCCUGCCGUACUCGUCGCUCCACAGAGCGGGCGGAUUGGACGCACCGAAUCAGAUCACCGCGAGGUCCCAUCAGGUUGUGCCAAACGCAGCAGGGUUAGUUUCUGGUCUCAGCGACAGCGCGAUGAACCAAAUGGGAAUGGAUCCGAAGUUGACGGGCAUAGAGGAGAACAUUCCUCUGAGACCGUUGGCGGUGUUCGGAAAUCCCGUCCAACAACAAUCUUACCAUCCCCCGUACAAAGUGGUCGAUCUUCAGGGCGGAAUCGAGCGGCAGCUGACCCCACCGACGCCACCACCCCGAAGGAACCCACCCCCGUCCAUUGCCCCGAGCACCGGCAUUGCCCCGCACCCCGCGCAACUAUCGUCCAGCAAGUCCGGAAGCGCCACCCCGUCGAUCGCCACGUGCACGAGCACGAGCACGUCGAGCACGAACACGUCGACCGCCACGACCAGCUCGAGCCCCGGUUCAUCCUCCAACGGGACGCGGUGUUACAAUUCCUACGCGACCCGGAGCUGCUGCGUCGAUUGUGCCGUCUGGAGUAAUCACGCCGUAGAUCGCGAGGACGGUGAAUCGUCGGCGGGGAGCGAGUUCAGCGGUUCCGGCGGCACGGGGAGUUCCGGAGGGUCUUGGAGCAGCUCCGAGAAGGUCAGACGACGAGGUGGAUCCACGAGGCAGGAGUUCGCCGUGGCGUCUCGGGCCCGUGCUCGUGGUCGACGCGAUCCGCUGCCCGGCAAGUCGGCGCCCCCGAGUUUCCGAAAACGCGACGCCAGCAGCAGCGUCGUCGGCGUCGGCGUCGUCGGUGUCGGGGUCGGCGGCGAUCAGUCGAGCAGCUCUGCCGCGCCGGCGGGCGCAGUCGUCAAGAGAACCGUCGCCAACGGCCUGAAACUCGCCCAGACGCAGGCGAUCGCCGUCGCCGGCUUCCUCGCCGAUGUCGACUCGCGCCGAUGCCGCGACUGCUCCUGUCUGCCCCAUCGGGCCUCUUAUCACGGCAGAGUUUCCUGGGCCGGAGAGAGUAACGGAAGCAUCGGCGCAGAGCGCCUCUCCCACAGCCUUCCGGGGAGCCCCGCCGACCGGAAACCCAACUUCGAGGUGAUCGGGAGCGCGGAGAGUCUCGUCGGUCGGGUUCUGGUGGAGCAAGGUCUGGGCAAGUACUGUGACCCCGACUUCGUCAGGUACACGUCGCGGGAGAUGCAGGAGGCUCUGGACAUGACGCCCGAGGAGAUGGACCGAGCGGCCCAUCAGCUGCUCCUGCAGGAGCGUCGCGGUCAGCCGCUGACUUAUCAGCUGCAGCAGGCCACGGACCAGCAAUGGGCUGGUCCGCCUUAUCAGCCGACCCAGCAGCCGACGGGUAUCGGUUAUCAGCCGCUGCAGGAGCAGCCACCGGCCGGCCAGCGACAGUAUCAAUCUUAUUAUCGCGGCGGUCAAGCGACGGUGUCGCAGCCACCGACGCAGCAACAGCAACCGCCACCAUCUUAGCGACGCGACGAUCCCUUCGUCGAUCGUACGUUUCUAGCUCCAUUGCCUAGCCGUUUUCGCGCGUCACGCGCGAGAACGCCUCCGUGAAGCAACCCCCGGACGGAACCGGGCGACCCGUUGGGUCCGUUGCUUCUGGGGACGACGACGGAUUCGCCGCGACGCGUGAACUCUUUGGAGAGAACCGUGUAGGGAAGAGGAUUCCGAGCGUGAUCGGAAGAGGACGGGGUGACGCAAGCAAUAAAGCAACGAGAGCAACGACCGAUCGCGCGUCCACCGGUCCCUCGUUAGCCGGGGCGGUGGUUGUUUUUUGUAUUUUGUGCGCGGCGGCGCUCGCGGAAUGAUUAAGACGCGAGGCGCCGAUAGCCUCGCGAGGCUGGGAUUCCGAAAACGGAAUUGAAUUCUCUAGGGACAGCUGCUGUCGGGCCCGAUCGUCCCGACACGGUGUGCUGGCCGUGAACGCGUACCCGAUCACCGAAUAAAUCGUAACGGAAUUCGUACGUACGCGCGGGACGAUCAAAAUCCUUAUCGCUCUCAUUCUAAUCGUAAACACUUAUUCCUCCGAUUAUCGUUGUUAGGAUAAAUCGAACUCAGCGAUCGCUCUUCGUACGAUGGAUUUCUAGAUGAGAUAACAAGUGCCUAAGUAUCUGUAACUUCUUUCGGACCAGAGAAGAGACUUUUAUCAACUUAGAACGAAGUACCGUUACCGCGAAUUACGAAGCAAGUUGCGUGUUGAGUGUGUACGCUACGAUAACUCGUAACGAUAUUAUAGAUAAUUAUUAUUCGUGCGUAAUUGUACAUAUACGUUGCGUGAGGAUGAAUGGCCGAUUAAACGCAAACCGCCGCGAGAUCCGUUUGUACAGCCUGGGUUGUGUCUAUGCGCGAACGGCCGGGCGACACGCGAGUAGCGUUUCCUGGCUGCUAGAUAGGGAUGGGAUCAAGUUCAACGCGUACUCGCGAAUCCGAGUCAAUUGAAAUACCAAAGGUUCGCUUCGCGGAUACGGAUAUACCAACCGACAAGACCAGUGAUCUUUUGUUCGUUCUCCUUGCCGAGUACUCGGUACACGCGAGCCGACCUUCGAACCACGGAACGAAUACGACUCGAACUGCGCGCGAUAUUCGUUCGUUUUAACCGACACUAAACGCCUCGAAGCGCCGCUUUCGUCUUUGUUUGUUCGAGUCCGUGUCGUUUAGGCUCGGGACUACUUAGAAGUACCCGCUUUUGUUUCACGAAACACUCAUAGAAGACGCGAAUCUAUACUCGGUCCAACGGGUAGAGUCAUAAGCGAAAUCAAGCCUUCCUCGACCAGCCACUAGCUUCGUUGGACGUAGUAUAGCUGGUCAGGAUUUGAACCUACUUCUAAGGUGCUUUGUCCAAUCAUUAAAGCUAGGGUCGGAAGAAAAUCGAUCGGAGGAACCAGCCAGUUCACGAUCCAUCGGGUACACUCGUUCGUGUGUCGACGGUCCAUUUCCGGAAACGCCUACCACUCGCUCGAAUCGUUUACCGACUCUGACUCCUUUCUAUCGAAUGCACCGACGAUUUUACUCUCUCCCACACACACACACACACCCCCAGACCCCCGGUUUUAGACUCGAUUUUUACAAAUUCCGCCCGAAACGAAUAUUUCGACUCGUAUAUUCUUAUAGCCGCAAGAGGAACGCGUACAAGUGUGAAAGAGUGAGAGAGAAAGAACGAGCGCGAGAGAGUGCAAACACGCGUCUAGCCGAAGGUACUCUUACACAGUUUUCGACACCGAACGACGACAAAUCGAUCGGGAGUGGCAGCCGUUCCCCCCUUCCACGCACAAACUUCCCUCGCGAACAGAACGAACCCGAUUUAUCCGCAGACACCGAUUUCUCAUCCGAUCGUGCAAGAAUCUAGCGUCGCGAGGGUCACGUACGCAACGAUCUACUCUAGAACUCGAUGUAAUUUUGUCACAGGCUAAUUAUAAACGUCAGAAAGUACCCGUUGAAUCUCAUAAUACAGUUACAGAACUACCUCUGUAUUUGUAGCCUCAUUUUCAAAGGGAUGAUUCAAACAUCGUGUUUCCUAUUUUAUGAAAACGUAAAUCGUUUGUUACAAUAUAAAUUACAAAGAUCGUUGCAUCCGUGGCCACUACUACAGAGAUAUUAAGGGGGUUGAUCAACCCUCGACGGCCAUCGCGAAGUCGUUGGAUUUAAUUGGAGAAAAGAACGCGAAAGGAACAAUAAACGAUUGGAAACAUCCAACGGGCGUGGUUCUGCGGAUGUUCAACCGCCAAAUAGCUCAGUUCUUUCUUUCGAAGGAUUUUCGAGGGCGCAAAGUUCCUCGAUAAAUCCCGAACGAAACAAUCACCGUUGAAUUUCUCUCGUGUACCUUGAAACGACGUCGACAAUAAUUUUCAUCGAUGACAUUUCCAGAACCACGUGCUCUGGACCCCAUUCUACGUUCGCCAUUUUCACGGUUUAUCAGGCAAGCAUAAACCCCGAUGUCUCCACGAAAAUUGAUCGAUAGGUUCGCGACAAAUGAAAAGUGUGCCCUUAACGCCAAUGUUUAUUUAUUAAAUUUAAGUAGAAAUAUCGUAGAAAGUACUGAAACGUUAAUAUUUUGUAUUUCAUAAGCGGGUGUAUACUUGUUUGGCAAACUGUAUCGCAAUUACAUCCGACCUCGUCGAUUCCAAUUCGUCACCGGGUACACAAAUUUAAUUCGAACCAACCCUGUUUUCUUUCUCGAUUUCUCUAGUCCGUUCAUUCCCAUCCGCGAUCACAUUUCGACGAUCUUUGUAGCUGAUAGUACGUGGCAUAUACGCUGUCGCUCAAACGUCUGGGAUCACCUAUCGUAGCUGCAAAUUUUUACCAGUUGCUAAACGUUCGAGUUCAACGUAGCUCACGGGGAACGAACAUUGCGUUUCUUCCAAGCAAUCUCUGCACAAUUCGUCUGUACGUUUCGACUCGUGCUGCGAGAAAGUAUAAUUACGUUCGAUCGUGUACACAGGAAACAAUCUAACAUUAAUCGGAUCUCCGCGAUACUUGGUAUUUGUAAGAUUCUAUUAAUCUGUACCAUUUUGGUGCUCGACCGUUCCCAUAGAAAUUCAUAUUUUUAACAUUAAAUUCUUGAAUACCUACGGACGAAACUUAACAGAAUAUUGAUCCUUUAGUUAGACGUCCUAAGAAGCAAACACUACAGCUAUGUGCAAACUAUUGUACCUUUUAAUUGAUAUAAAAUGGCUUCCAAAGGAUAGCAUUGAAACUUACAAACACGAAGUAUGGCGGACAUUUUUUAAUACCACAACCUUCUCCGUAUAAUCUACGGGGAAUCCCUGACUUUCGAGCAGUGGUGUAUGCAAUCUACUAGGGUAUAAGAAUGCGCUCGAACGACGCGAGCCCUUCGCCAACAAGGGAACCAAACAAACCUGACAACUAUUUAAAGCAAAAAAAAAAAGAGAGAAAAAAAAAGAAAAAAACAGAAACGAACAAAUCGACCGACAUUUCCGUCUCUGGACAGUUUCUUAGGGGUUACGAUAGUUAGAGGUGCGUGUGGUGUGUGCGAGGAGCCGUACACGAUCGAGGCGAGAUCGACGAUGAUCUAGGCGAUGCGAAGAGACCGACGAAAUUCGUACAAAGCGAGCGACGACACCCCUGCGACAACUCGCGCCCUGAUUACACUUAAUAAUUGUCCUGGGAAUGCUACUUGUAUACAUUGUACUCGACCUUUCGUAUUCCUUUUUAUUCCAGCGUCUUUCUAACGAUUACGCGCGUCUUUGUCUAUAGCGGUCUUUUUAUACUGUUGUAAAAUGGCGUUUACACCGAAACCGUAGAAUAUUACGCGUAGUUGAGGAAGAGUUCUAUACCUUUAAAUCGUAAUAACGUCGGAUUAGAGUGGCGCCCGUCGUCGCGUCUCGCAUGCAACAAGACGCGUUUGGAGAGACCAACAUUUUCUAUGCCAUGAGACUGACUUGGUUUACAGCGAGAAGGGGUGAGACACGCGGACGAGAAGGACCCCCCCUUUUCCAACGCCCUCUUCGAGCCUCGUUACGCCUUUUCGCUGCACGAUCUUAGCAUCGAAAGGGUUAGCGAUCGAACGCGAGCGAUACGCGAGAACAGGAACGAAUCUGGGCCUCUGAGAGGGAUUUUAUCAGGGGUUGCAAAGCUUCUUUCGGGCCCAUUCCCCUCUCCAUCGUUCUCUCUCCAUCCACCAUGGUUUUACGUCACGAAUUGUAGCACAAAUUGCGAAUGCUGGUCUUACUGAAGCUCCCUUUUUGCAUCUCCCCUCUCAGAGACCCUGAAACAAAUCUAGUGACUGUCGUAAACUAUUUCUUUAGAAUUCUCAAGAUUUGUUUUAAGCAGAAACCCAAAAACCAAUGUAGUACCACUGGAAAAUGUAAUUAAACAAAAUUUGCCGUCUGAAAGGGUCUCAAGAUAGUCACUAUGUUCGUUUCUCCUGAUUCUCCUCAGAAUCGUACGAUAAUUCUACUCGUUUACUCUCCUAGCACGUUAGUGCACGCAUGUUCUCAUGGUUUCGUAAGUUUAGCAGCUUACGGCGAAGGGAACCAAGUCCAGAGUUAGGUGAAUUUUAUUCUCGAACGACGAGUAAAACUUUUCAUUUACAUCCAAAGGAAAUAACAAUCGCGAGCAAUGUUUAUUUAUUGUUUGAGAAUGAAAUUUUACCGACUCUGACCAACAAUACCGACUCGUAGUAAACCGUGAGUGUCACAUUGUAUCAUACUCGAAGAAACCAGAUAUUCGAAACCUGGCUCCCAUAAACUUGUCGCUUCCCGAAUUCUCGAACGAAACUCGUGAAUCAUGCUCUUGACACGAUACGUUAACACCAUCGUACUCGUGGCAUUCAGCUUGGGCUCUUGCUAGAGCUGUUGGAGAUUUAGGGACCCACGAGAGAUCUAAAUCCAGAGAGAAAUCCCGAACAGAGAUGAGCAGAAUUUUAUUCGAAUAACAGCUUGAAUAAAAAUACAAUUUUUUAUUCGUUCGAGAUAAAAUACAAUUUGAUUCGAAUUCCAAUGGUGGUUUAACGUAUUAAAAAUUUGUCUUCUGAGGUAAAUGUCCUAAUUAUCGACACACUUAUUGGCAAUUGUCGCUUUAAAUGAUUAUAGAAGUUUCUGGGAUUAUAAUAUGGGAAGAUACACAUAAUGGGGAACAAAUAAUCUUUCACUUCUGUUAAUGAAAAUAAUACUUUAUUUCAUACUUUAUUACAAUGUCUGAAUAUUCGAAUACAGGUGUUACAAUCAUUCUAAUAUCGGUGUAGAAAAAUUCGACAAUAUAAUGAGAAACGUAACAACGGAUUUUUAACGUUUAUUUAUAAAAUUAACAAAACUUCUCAAAGAUCCGACUAUUGUUGCGAACGCUGCUAUUAUUUGUUUGCGAUUGUAUUGCGUCGUCGUGUUUACAAUAACAAUAAUAUCGAUACAUUUAAAGUGAACAUCAGCGAAUGAUGAAAUUAUUAACGUAAACUGAAAUUUGAUGGUGAUGGGCAAAAUAAGAAAAUUUAUAUAAUAAAAUUCAUUCAUUGGCUCUUUAUUUUGCGUAUGUCUAUCAAAUUGUUAAACCGUGUCAAUAAUUUCGUGGCUCGCUGUAAUUUGCUGAAAAUCAAUAACACUUUUACCAAACUAUCAAUAAUCGUGAUGAAAUAAAUUGAAAGUGUCGAUGACUGUGUUAAAAAUUAGGUGCACUUACCUUAUUCGUUGCUCGAAAUUUCUAUCUAAAUAAGAAUUCUUAUCGUAUCUUCGUUCGAACGGCUUGGCGGUAGACCUGGGAAAAUUUGAUUCUAAAUAAAAAAAUAAGAAAUAACCUGGAACGUGCGGAGUCCCAAAAUGGCGGGAUUUCCGUGAUUCGAGUCGGAAUUUUACCAAUCCCGGCUCGAGAGCCCGAUAUCUCGGGAUCCCGCACACCCCUGGCAAUAACCAUUUGAAAUAACAAUGUUCUAUAUUAAAACAUGUUAAAUAUAAAUGCGACUUGUCUAAAGUCCGUUCGCUGAAUGUAAGCAAGAAACGAAGAACGCCAAUGUAGAUCGAACAGAGACAGCGACACCAACCGUUAGUCUCUCUUCGUUCUAUAUUGCCGUCCUUUGUUUCAUUUAGUGAUUCUGCUCGGUAAACGGACUUUAAACAGUUAUUACAGAAUGUAUAAAGAAAACGAACUUUUAUAGUACCUACAAUCUUUUAACGAUAGCAUAAACGAAAUGACCAAAUCAACUAGGAGAAAUCAUAAUUCACGAAAGAACCCAAGAUACUUCGUGUCGCCUCGAAUAUUCAGAACAGGAUCUCCAUGAAUCUCGAACAGUUCUAGAUCUCACACACGCUACACGCGCCGCUUAUUUUUAUUGAUGCUCGUACAAAUGUGACCAGUUUUGUUUUUUUUUAUUAAAAAAGACACGCUCGAUGCGUUCCGACAAAGAAUGCAUCGAAGUUGGCGCCAUUUCCCUUCCGUUUUGCUUUCCGUCUUUUUGUUCGUUCACGAUAAAUCCAUUUGUACGCCCGAUAAAAAGAAAAACAGAAAUCUCGAUAACAGAAUACCCGUGAACCGGUCGUUGGCGAUCGAUCGAACUGUCGAAAGCAGUCUGUACCGAUAGUACAGUUACGACAUCCAAGGACAAUUAACGAAUUAUGUAAUUUCGUCAUUUCUACGCUAAACUUCUCGUGCGUAUUACAAGAACGUGUCGCAAGUACAUUCCUUGAUUAUCUUUCUUGUCGACAUCUGUCUCGAUCAUUCUGCGUUAUUUGUUUUCAUAUUGUACGUAACCGUAUUGUUUGUGUACUCGACUACCGAUUCUACGAUCGAUUGCCAACCGACUUGACGAACGAAUGCUAUUAUAGUUUGAGAAACGAUCGAAGACGAGCAAACUUUUAUUCGAACAACGGAUAACCUAUAAGACCAACGUGUGGCAAUUUAUUCGAACAGUUAAAUUUUGAUUUUCAGUUAACGAGCAACGGAUAAACGAUCGUUUGCGCUGUGUUCGUUACACGAAACUUGUAAUCUAGCCAAGAAUUUUUGCCCAUUUCUGUUGUAAAUGUUCAUGUCCGGGGAUAACAUGCUGCUUUUGCCAGUACAGGCGGUGCACGUGUACAUAACCGAG